CAGUCCCGAGCCGCCGCCGCCGCCACCAGGGUCGACGCUGCCAGCGAGCGAGCGAGCGAGAGCGCAGCCUGCGGCCGAGCGCCCCCGGGACCGCGCCGAGGCCCCGCCGCGCCAUGUUUCAGCCCGCCGAGCCCGGCCAGGAGUGGGCCAUGGAGGGCCCGCGGGACGCGCUCAAGAAGGAGCGGCUGCUGGACGACCGCCACGACAGCGGCCUGGACUCCAUGAAGGACGAGGAGUACGAGCAGAUGGUGAAGGAGCUGCGCGAGAUCCGCCUGGAGCCGCAGGAGGCGCCGCGGGGCGCCGAACCCUGGAAGCAGCAGCUCACCGAGGACGGAGACUCGUUCCUGCACUUGGCCAUCAUCCACGAAGAGAAGGCCCUGACCAUGGAGGUGGUCCGCCAAGUGAAGGGAGACCUGGCGUUCCUCAACUUCCAGAACAACCUGCAGCAGACUCCACUCCACUUGGCUGUGAUCACCAACCAGCCAGAAAUUGCUAAGGCACUUCUGGAAGCUGGCUGUGAUCCUGAGCUCCGAGACUUUCGAGGAAAUACCCCCCUACACCUUGCCUGUGAGCAGGGCUGCCUGGCCAGCGUGGGAGUCCUGACUCAGUCCUACGGAACCCCGCACCUCCAUUCCAUCCUGCAGGCCACUAACUACAACGGCCACACGUGUCUGCACCUAGCCUCUAUCCACGGCUACCUGGGCAUCGUGGAGCUUCUGGUGUCCUUGGGUGCUGAUGUCAAUGCUCAGGAGCCCUGUAAUGGCCGAACUGCCCUCCAUCUCGCUGUGGACCUGCAGAAUCCUGACCUGGUGUCGCUCUUGUUGAAAUGUGGGGCUGACGUCAACAGAGUCACCUACCAGGGCUACUCCCCGUACCAGCUUACCUGGGGCCGCCCGAGCACCCGGAUACAGCAGCAGCUGGGCCAGCUGACCCUAGAAAACCUUCAGAUGCUGCCAGAGAGCGAGGAUGAGGAGAGCUAUGACACGGAGUCAGAGUUCACGGAGGACGAGCUGCCCUAUGAUGACUGUGUGCUUGGAGGACAGCGCCUGACGCUAUGAGCUUCGGAAAGUGUCUCAAAGAACAUGGACUUGUAGAUUUGUACAAAAAGAGAGUUUUAUUUUUCUAAAAAAAAAGCAAAAAGAAAAAAAAGGGUGUACUCCUUAGAACCACACUGCCUGGGCUGAAACGUUUGACUGGGGAUCAGCCCUCCUUUUGUCAUUUUUGUGAACUUUGGAAGGGGGGACAAGAAAGAUCCUUGGAAUUCAAAGAAAACUCCUUUUACACUUCACCUUCGUGAGGCUUUUCGAGAAGGUGACCCAAAAUCCGAUGAAAGGACUACGUUUUAUUUAUUGUGCUUCUUGAUCAAACCUCCAUGGAUUCAGUGGCCGAGCCCAGUUGUGUCCUGUGACAUGUAAUGAUCAGGUGUACUGUUGAACCUUUUGGUGGUGUGGGGUUAAAAGUUGCUACCUGUCAAGGUUUGUGUCACCCUCCUGUAAAUGGUGUACAUAGUGUAUUUUGUUGGUAAUUAUUUUGGUACUUUGAAGAUGUAUAUUUAUUAAACAGAUUUUUACAAACA